AUGGGAAAGACCCCGCAAACGACGCCUUCAACCAGCAGCGCGCAGGCCAGUCCCAGCCCCAUGGAUCGGCCGGUGAAAAUCGCCGACAAAAAGGGCAGAAAUGUAAGGAAUUUUGGUUUUGAAAUAUUGUAGACAUGUCGAUUAUGGUGAGAUAAAUGUUUUUCGGGGGAUGCGAUUUGGUAAUCACCGGUUUUUUUGGCAGUUUUGGGGAUCGGACCUUAUUUUAGGUAUAAAUUUUAAAUUUUUAUCGAAGUUUAAGCGGAAAUUUUGGGUAAAUUGAAUAAAUAUAGGAUUUUUGUAGCUUUUGAUUAACAUGACAAUACGAUUUGUUUAUUUUUACAUUAUUUUUUACAGCAUAAAAAAAUUUUUUUCAAAAAUUUUAGUAAUUUUUGAUAAGUUUUUAAGUAUGUUGGGUGUUUAGAAAAAUCUCUCUAAAAACAAGCUGUGUGAAAUUUGCCGGUAUUUUACCUUUAAUUUUUCAGCUGGGUCCCUCCGAUUUCCCGCAUCUCCUGGACCUGGGAACGGAUGUCAGCGCCAAAUUCAAAGGCGCUUUCUGCGAAGCCCGCGUCAUGGAGGUGGAAACGGAAUCCGUCGAGAUCAGGGUAAGCCCAUUUGUCGAUAAAAAAAACAACUUUUUUGGGUCUUAUUUCACAAUUUUUUGGAUUUUAGAUAACCCUCAAAGAACAGCCCUUUGUGGAGUACAUGGUGACCCCAAAAUUGAUCCGAGGCAAGGUCGCCGUCAACGAAACGGUCCAGCUUUACUUCGAAGGCCGACUGGUAGAGGCAAUCAUCCAGCAUGUCAAGGAUUUGAGCCGAUAUAAGGUGGUCUUCAACGAUGGCGACGAGAAAUCGCUGAGGCGAAGUCAGAUGGUCCUAAAAGGCGCGAAACACUUUGAUAGCCAGAUCAAUCUGGACAACUUGCCUCUGGACAAUCCGGAUAGGAACUCAUCAGCGUAUGUUGUUGUUUGGGGUUUGGUUUUGAGGGGAUUUUGAGAUUUUUGGGAGAUUUAUAUUAUUUUGGGCAGUUUUGGAGGGGUUUUGGCGAUUUUUUUUUGUUUUUUGGUGAUUUGAAGGGAACGAGGAACUUUUUUGUUUAUUUUAGAUUUUUUUAGGUUUGAAAUUUCUAAAAUACGAGUUUUUUAUUUUAAAAAUUGAAUUUUGGACCUUAUUUUGGACAUUUUUGAUAAAAAUUAUUUUUCCAAAAAAAAAAAAAAUAAUUUUCCAAAAAAAUUUUUUAACCCGUAUUUUAGAUUUUUUUUGGUUUUGGAAUUUUUUAAAUACGAGGUUUUUUGACUUUAAAAAUAAAAUUUUGGACCUUAUUUUAGACAGUUUUGAAAAAUUUCAUUUAAUAAAAAUAAUUUUUUUUUUGUAAAAUACGUUUCUCCAUAGUUAUGAUUUCAAUUGUUCCACUUCCAGUGACAACCUCGACCUCUUCCUCGGCACCUCCCGCUCCAUUACCCGCCAGCUGAAGGCGAUUUAUCAAGGCGUGGAUCCGGACAUGGCGGACAGCCCGAAAAGCUCGAACCGCCACAACAACCAGUCGGAUCAGUCGAGCCUUCAAGGAUCCGACACCGACGCCGACACCAACACCAGCAGCAACGUCAGCCGCCCGAAGAAGAAGAAGAUUAAACGCCAGAAGUCGGUCCAAAACUCGAGGAAUUCGGUCCCCCGAAAGCGGCGAAAAAACGACUCCUCGGAGGAAAGCGAAACCUCCGAGGCCGAAAGUGUGACAAAAACACCAAAGAAAAAGCCCAAGAGCAGUGUGAAAUUGAGCAAAUAGUAAGUGAUUUUGAUAUUUUUUUGGAAAAUUUUAGAUUUGAAGCGUUUUUGGGAAAAAUUUUGAUUUUUUGGCAGUUUCAAAGGGAAUUUGAAGUUUUGAAAUGUAAAAUACGGCGUGUUUAAGCGUCAUUAUAUAAGUUUUGUAGUCUUUUUGAGAUUUUUUUGUAAAAAAUUUUUUUUUUGAAAUUUUCAAAAUCAAAAAAAUUUCAGCGAAUCCGAAGACUCCUCGACCCCAGCACGAGAGAUCAAAAAAGAAAAGAAAAAAUCGCACAAACACUCCGAACUCGGCGAAGGCGUUUUGGUUGUGGGGAAAGUGAAAAUGGAACGGCGAACGGCGGCUUUCUUCGGAAUCAUCACCUCUCCCAGCGCCUACAUCGAAGCCGAACAGGAGUCGAGGGCGCUGGAAACGAACGAAUUCCCAAUUCGAAUACUUCCGGAUGGGAAAUUGUGAGUUUAAUUUUUGAAAUUUAUUAAAAAAUUUUUUUUUUGAAAAUUUGGCCUUUGCGGGGAGUGAUGAUUGGGGAAACUGAAAAGUAUUCUUUUUCUUCGAUGUAAGUGUCGAAAUGAGGAUAAUCGACGGCGCUGAUUUCGAAAAUGAUAUUCAUUUCUUUUUUUUGAUCGUUACUUUUUUCCUUAAGUAGUACUGUAAAGCAGUAAUUUUUUGAAUUUUUUUUCCACAACUACUUGAUUUAGGGGUUUUCGAUGGUGCUGAUUUCUAAAAUCUUAUUUAUUUUUUUCGGAUUUGAAAUCAUCACCAUCGAAAACCCCUAAAUCAAUUAGUUGUGAAAAAAAUUCAAAAAAUUACUGCUUUACAGUACUACUUAAGGAAAAAAGUAACGAUCAAAAGAAAUGAAUGUCAUUUUCGAAAUCAGCGCCAUCGAUUAUCCUAAUUUCGACACUUACAUCGAAGAAAAAUUAUACUUUUCAGUUUCCCCACUUUUUCCCCGAUCAUCUUUUCCCCCCAAUUGACGACGCUCCGCAUACGGAUUGAUGUUUAUUUUCAUUCCAGAGGCGUCUUCCGUCAAUCCCAACUCGAACCCUUCAACGCGGACCGCAUCCCGGUCGACCAGCUCGGGACGAAACUCAAGAGAUCCUUCGAGCUGGCCGUAAAGUACUCAAAAAUGGGCCAGCUGCCGGAGGACUGGAGCGAGGAAUGGAUAUUCGGACCGUCAAGCAAGUCGCGAAAAGUGGUACGAAAAAGAAAGCUCUCCGAACAGGGCUCGUCCACAUCAAUACCCACCGACCCAGCCCCAUCCACAUCGACCGCAACCCCCGUAAAUCGACGCAAAGAACUCCGCGAUCAGUUCUACGCGCGCCUGCAGAAGCAUUACGAUCGUAGCGGGCAGAAGCUGACGAUUCAGCCGGUUGUGAAUGGAGAAACCAUCGAUUUGUUCCAGUUGUUCAGAUGCGUCCGAAAAAGAGGCGGCCUCAAAGAAAUGAGCAAAACCUUGUGGAUUCACUGUCUAGACUCGAUGAAUUUGAAGGGAAUAGUCCCAGAACAGAUCAAAGAUUUAUAUACGAAGUAUUUGGAGUCCUUUGAGAGCUGGGUCCGCCAUAAAAAGGACCCGAUUUGGACUGGAGAGAAGGAGAAGGUAAAAUUUUUGAAAGUUUUUGAUUUUUUUGAUGAAAAAGGAUGGUAUAAAUGGGUGAAUUGAAAGUUUUAGGAUAGAAGAGGGUGUGUAGAAUUGUGGGGAUGAUGUUUUAGCAGGUUUAAAAAAAUUGAAAAAUUUUUUUUUCGAAAUUUUUUGUUGAAAUUUCGGGGUUUGACGUAAUUUUUGAAUUUUUUGAUGGCAUCUUGAUGUUUAGGUGUUAUAAAUUAAAUUUUGAGGUAAUUGAAGUGUGUUUCCAGAGUUUAUAAACCUAAGAUUUGUCUUAUUUUGAGAUUUUUUCGAAAAAUUUAGUCAAAAUUAGUUGAUUUUCAAAAAAAAAUUUUUUUUUUUCAUUGAUAAAAUCCGUAUUUUUACCUUGAUUUUAUUGCAGAAGAAAGAGAAACAACGAACCUCUUCGGUGUCCUCAACCUCAAAAGCACCCACAUCUACCUCACUUUCACCCGCCAAAAAGUCCUCAACCUCCUCCAAACUCAGCACUCCGGCCAGCGAUAAACCCGCGAAAAAGUUGCCGAAACCCGACAAGUUGGAGAAAAAGAGCUCAACCCCCGCCAUCAACAACUCCUCAUCACAAUCGAGGAUAAAAUCCCCAACAGAUUUGGACGAGGAUGAUGGACAUGUUCCGGCUGAUAUGUAAGUUUAUUUUGAUCAUUUUUUUGUUGAAAUUUAGGUAGAAAUGAGGAGAGAAUGGAGUCAACAGAGUGUGACGGCUGUUAAGAAGUUGAUUAGCGCGACAAUCGAUGUGUUGAUCGCCUAGUUUCGGAGCUAUCACUAAAUUUUUGAGAUCAAAAUUGAUGAGGUCAUGGAUAAUAUAAAAGUGAUGGUUUGGGCCUAAAGUUUAGGAAGUAGCUGAUGUUUUUUGGCAUCCCGGGGUAAUAGAGGGUGUGAAUUAUGUGACCAGUAAAUUCGAAGGUAUCCAUCGCAUUGAUUUAGCUAAAUCAGAAAAAUUUUGCGGCUAGUUGCCUACAGUAAGGUCUAGAUGGAUAAAAAAGCGGAUUUUUAGUAAAAUUAUUGUCUUAUUCAAUAACUAGGAGUUGUUUUAGAAGAAGAAACGUAACUUUCAAAAAAGAUUUUUCCCAUUUUGAGUGAAAAUUUUCGUAUUUUCAGCUUCUCCCAGCUGGUGGAAACUCGGCACGUCCGCGCUGCCCACUACUCUCGAUUCUACUCGGCGCGAGUUGUGGAUGCUCGCAGAGUCCCCACAGACGUUAUCCUUCGCGUUCUGACCAAGAUCGUCGCCCAUACGAAAGACCAGCCCGUGGUUUUGAUAACCAACCCCCUUCAUGUGGAGGCCCUGGAGGAGUUGGGCCGAAUCACGAUGGUCUUUGUCCACUACUGCGGCUGGAACAACCGCUACGACGAAUGGGUGACGCUGGACCGGCUGAAAGUCACCCCCGAGACGAGGAAACAAUCAAUGCUGGCGUUGAUGCGGAACUACAAUUUCCCGAUCACUGUCCUCGAAGCGGUCCACGAUUUUUACGCGACGAGGAGGAUAACAAAAGCCGCCUAUAAUGCAAGAUGCAGAAAGGAGAAGUCGGGCGGACAUACGUCGUCCGACGAAGAAGAUACGACGAUGAUUUUGACGGCCGCCAAAAAGAAGAAAAUCACUCCAGUCGCCAUCAAUCACGAAGCCCUGAAGCCGGAACUGAGGGCAUUUUUGUACGAAGAUGAGGGCUAUGGAAUCCCUGAAGUGAAGCCGGAAAAAGUGGAGAAAGACGCCUUUGAUGAUAUACCGAAUAGUGAAUUAGCGGCGGCAAAUGCGAUCGUCUCGGAAUCCGAGGCCCACAGAGAAACACCGAAGAGGCCAGGCGUGAAGAAGGAGAAGGAUAAUGAGAGAAAGAUCAAGGAGAAAAAAGCGGAUGAGGUCGCGGAAAAAGAAAAGGAAAGGGAAAAAGUGGACAAGGAGAAGAUCGAAAAGCCCAAGAAGGAAAAGGAGAGCGCAGAAGGCCCUAAAGAGAAGAUUGAAAAGCCCUCAAGUCCUAAUAAAGAAAAGGAUAAAGAGAGGAAAAAAGAAAAGGAAAAAGAGAAAGAAAGGAAGGAAAAGAAGGAAGAGAAAGAGAAGAAAAAGGAAGAGAGAACGAAAGAGAAAGAGGAGGAGAAAAAGAAGGAGAAAGAAGAACGAAAGAGAGAAGAGAAAGAGAAGAAAAAAGAAGAAAAGGAGAAAAAAAAGGCCGAGGAACAAAAGAAAAUGGAAGAGAAAGUGGAAGAACUUAAGGAAGUUGAGGUAAAACCGGAAGAAAGCGAAAAUAAAGGGGAACCAGAGGAAAAGAAGGAGGAAACACGACCAGAAGACCCAUUGUCAGCCCUAAAUGAUACCAUAAAUUUGGUGGCACAUCAAAUCGAUUUCCCCAAAAGUUCGACCAGCAGUCCGGCGAGGACCGUAAAACCGCUGGAGCUGAGCGCCGAAGAGAAAUUCGAUGAGAUCCCACCUCCUCAAUUCUCACCAACCCCGCAGUCGGCCAGCAGCACGCAUGAGAACGCGUUCAAUUUGCUUGAUUCGCCUCAGGAACCAGUUAGAAGUGAGGACGAGAAAAUGGAAAAGAAAAAAGAGGAGGUCCAGAAAGUGGAACAGAAAGAGCAGUCCAAAGCGAAGAAGGCGUUUGAAGCCACGAAACGAGACCUCAUGAUCCCACUGAGCCUUGACAUGAAUGUCAAAAGUCCAACUCCACCAUUGCCCUCGCACGCAUCCAGAGAAAGUACGAUCACCAAUAACAGCACCUUUGUUGGUCUGCAGUCAACCGUACAAACGGAUGACUUGCUAGGCCCGGAAGUCCUGCGGCAGUUCGAAGUGGAAAGAAACCACCUUCCAGCCGACCCCCCACAACCUCAAAAGAACCGCAAGAAGGAGGACGACACUCAAAUCACCGGCAGAGACAUCCAGCAGAUGCUCAUGAACUUGGGCCUCAUUGCGCCCUCCACAAGUCAACCAAUCUUGUCGACGAAAGUUCAGCAGGACCUGGACAACAGCUUCAAUGCGCGGAGAAACAAUAUCGAACUCCUCUCCCGACAGCUGGAUGAGACCAAACAACAGGAACUUCAACUGCAGACCGAUCUUUUGAGACAUCAACUUUUGUCCAACCAACUGCAAUUCCAACUGAACCGACCGAGUCAUAUGGAAGGUCUCCUCUUGCCAGAACACGUCCAAAUCUUCCAACAAGCCCUAAUCUUGGCCCAGCGACGUCGGCAAGAACUCGAGAGACAACUGGAAUUCGAGAGAGUCCAGAAUUUCCCAGUACAAGGAGCUUCCACCAGCCUACUACAGCAAACCCAUCUAACCAUCGCGCAGCUGGCCGCACAAAGACGACAACAACUCGAAAUGAGCGCACAGAACUUGCUGGCAAACUCGCUGCCUUCAAGACAACACCAGAUGUUCACAUCGACAGCAGGAAGUUCAUUAACUUCAACUGUGAAUGACAUCAACUUUGGAGGGGACAGCUCGAAUUCAAGGCAAAGUCAGCAGAGUUUUGCCGACAGAAUCCCAGCUAGUAAUGCUGGGAACAAUUCCGCAACGAAUUUCGGCUUGAACAGCCAGAUCAACGCGUCCGUCAGCCAAUUGCAACAACUCACCCAGCUGGUACAAGGUCAAACCCAGAACAGCUCCAUCCUCCCCUUGUUGAACAGCCUGCAACUGGCGAACACCGACCAAAUCAGGAUGAGUCUCACCCUGAUCGAGCAACAGUACGGCACCGACAUUGCACAAGCCGUCCAAAGCGAAUUCGAGUCGAGGCUCUUGAAUCAGCUGCUGAUCUCUCUCCAGCAAACAACUCCAGCCCCAACCCCACCUCAACCAACAAGUCAGCCGGCGUUUAGUCAACAAAACGCAUGGAACUUUAGCUCCUCCGCCAACGCACAAACCAUCUUGUCCAUGGACACGUUGGCUACAAGGUAGGGAGAAAUUUUUAACAAGUACUCCUAUGGGGUGUGGAGUUACAGGUCGAGUCAUAUAUCAAAAAAAAUCGCAAAAUUUUUCUGAUUCAGAAUAUGUAAAAGUUAGCUGCCUAAUUUUGGUGGUGUCAGGGUGAAAAGAUCCUCAGAAGUUUUCUCGCAACACCACACAAAUUCCAACUUUUUUAUAUUGGAACUACUAAUUAAGGUGUAGUAUUAGUCAAAUUUGAUAUUUUAAGGCUGGUCAAGGUGCCCACGCAAAUGCCUUUUUGACAAAGUUUUUACCAAAUCAAAAGCUUUGUUUUGAGCUAAAGUGAAACCCUGGCAUCAUUUGCGAGAAAAGUUCUGAGGAUUUUUUCACCCUUACAAACCAAAAUUAGGCAGCUAACUUUUACGUAUUUUGAAUCAGAAAAAUUUUACGAAUUUUUUGAUAUAUGACUCGACCUGUAACUCCAUACCCCAUAGAAGUACUUUCCUCACAAUUUUGAGUGAAGAAUUAGGUAUUCACCGUGAAAGUUUAGUUUAACCCCCUCGACCGAUCGCACAGCCACACCACGAGACCCAUGCGACAUCCCAUCCACAUCGAGCGCGAUUUUUCCUCAGUUCUCCGCGACUUCUCAACCAUCCCAAGUCCGAGCCGAAGUCCGGCUUGAACGGGUCCCUGAGAUCGCCAGAGCCACCGUAACCCUUGAUGAACAUGUUCAUCAAGAGUACGACGCUCCAGUUCAAUCUCAGCCAUGCGAGGAUUGCGGCUCAGCAGCUCCGAUUUUCAGCAAAACCCCCAUCAACACGCUGCCUCCACAUCUGAGGUCCGAGAUUUUGGAUUUUUGCGCGAAAAAGGAGCAUUUGGGCAAGGAGCGAAGAGGCCGCCCUCAACAGGAUGUGUCAGGCAUGUCAAGGAACGCUCAGAAGCAUGCGGUGGAGAAGCGAAAGCUAGAGGAUCAGAUGAAAGACCUUCGCGAAGGAAAUGGGAACCAUAUUUUACCAGUGGACCCUAGGUUUCAGGUGAGAAUUUUGAUGGGUUACUGAAGGUUUUUGGGGAUGAAUUUGGUAUCAUUAGAGAGCUGAGGAAGUAGAAUAAAUGAUUAGACGACUUUUGAGAGAUUUUGGAGAAAACGACCGGUCGAUUUUUGAGGAUUUUAAAAAGUUUAGGCGGCGUUUGGAAGCUCUUGAUUUCUCUGUGAAAAAAAGGCGGAAACUAUUGAUUUUUCUGCGACAAAAGGUGUGUUUUUGAUUUGAUUUUGACGUAAUAUCAAGCGAUAUCAUCUUUUUUUUCUCUGUCAAGUGACAGUAGAGAGAAGAAUUAGAUUUUUUUAUAUAAAAAAGUUCGAGGUUCCCAUAUUCCCCCUACUUAUUAGACAUCCCCAAUAUUUUUGUCUAUUUCAGGAAGUAAAACGAGCAUUCGAAGUCCCAACAAUGUCGGAUGUGAUGAACUCAAUUGGCCUCGACGUCUUCAACCAUCAACGAACCCCCGAGACCGAUGCGUAUCAGAGAAAUGCGGAAGAGGAGCUGAGAAGCAAAUCCAAAGAACAAAUCGAAUCGGAUGUCCGAAAACUCUUGGAACUCAACAACUUGCUGAAGCCAGAACCCAAGAAAGAGAAUGGAGGCACACCGUAUGAGGAGGAGAAGCGGAAAAACGAAAGACAACUCGAGAUUUUGAGGAACACGGUCCUCGGAAUGGCUGAUUUGGUGGAAAAGGAGAAGAUCAAGACCGGAUUGGCCGGAUUUUCCAUCGAAACCACCCCGGAAAUUGAUGGAUUGAGUAAGGAUUUUUGAAGAAUUGAAAAUUUUGAGGUUUUUGUCGAUGUUUGGCAAAAAAUUGCGGUAAUAUUAUUUAUGGAACGUCAAUUGAGGAAAAAGACGAUUGAGGAACCUGAAAAGUAUUAUUUUUCUUCGAUGUAAGUGUCGAAAUUAGGAUAAUUGAUGGCGGUGAUUUCGAAAAUGAUAUUCAUUUCUUUUGAUCGUUACUUUUUUCCUUAAGUAGUACUGUAAAGUAGUAAUUUUUUGAUUUUUUUCAUAACUACUCGAUUUUGGGGGUUUCGAUGGUGCUGAUUUCGAAAAUCUUAUUUAUUUUUUUUUUUUGAAUUUGAAAGCAGCACCAUCGAAAUCAGCAUAAAACCCCCUAAAUCGCGUAGUUGUGAAAAAAAUUACUAUUUUACAGUACUACAUAAGGAAAAAAAGUAACGAUCGAAAGAAAUGAAUGUCAUUUUCGAAAUCAGCGCCAUAAAUUAUCCUAAUUUCGACAUUUACAUCGAAGAAAAAUAAUACUUUUCAGUUUCGCCAAUUGUCUUUUCCCCAAUUGACGACGUUCCAUGAAUGAUACGACCGUCUUUUACUCUCUUCUUCCCCAAUCGUCCCUCCUAGUCAUUUAUACAGCACUACAAUAGUUGAAAUCAAUACUAAAUUUUUCGUAUUUUAGUCCAACGAACCCAGAACGAGCUGGCCAAAGAGAGAGAAGCCUUCCGUCAAACCGAACUGGCCCGCCAAAAAUUGGCCAACGACGUGGGCAGGGAACAACAGAACAAAGUGAAUGGCAUCGUCAAGGGCCGAAAACUCUACUAA